AGAAAUCGACUCUCUUGUCAAAGCGUUGGGUGUUUCAGCCUCGCUUGACUCCGCCGUACUGCUUCGGCUACGCAACGACACAUCGCGCAGAGACCUCCCGGUGCAUCUGCUGGGCUGUCAAACAAUGCGCAUGUGUCUGCAGCACCACGUGGACAUACGAAAGAUCCCUCGGCAGGGGUUUCUAAGGGUUCUGGCAGACCAUACCGAAGACGCAGACGAAAAGAAAGCACUCCUCUACCUAUCGAGUCCUGAAG